AUGUUACAGUCGUCGUCAUUAUCGAAAGAUGCAUUUGAUCAAUCAUACUCGCAAAAUUCAAUAAAUAUAACGGCUAUUAUAUGGAAAGAUAUAGGUAAACAGCAUAAACCACGACGUCGCUCACUUAAUAACAUGCUCGGUAAUGCGGUUGCUCAUAAUGAAAGAAACAAGGAAGAGAUUUCCAAAUUAGAAAUCAAUGCACCAGACGACGAAUUUCAAACACCGCUGUUUUCUAAUACGAUCAUUUCAAAUCAAUUACAACGUCGUUAUGUUAAUAUGCAAGAUGCUGAUGGGAAGACAGCUUUAUGCCGAGCUGCCGAAAAGAAUCAUGUUGAGGCGAUUAAACUUCUUUUGUCUCAAGUAGAUAAUGAUCAAUGGGAGACGACACUUGUUUCAGCUGUUAAAUCUGGCAAUUGUACGAUUCUUAAUCUUAUUCUGAAUGCAUGUAGACAUUACUCAUUUCUUAACAUUCCAAUUCUACAUCUCGCUUGUAAACUUAAUAACGGUCGACAAAUUGUUGGAAGGUCAUCAACGGAUGAGGAUUGUAUAACAGCUUUUCUGGUUGAAAAUCUUCAUUUAAACACACUAUCAGAUUACAAUGAGGAAGGUAAUAUCGAAGUAGUUCAAUUUUUUAUCGAACAACUCAAUGCAUCUUUGACAAUCCAAGCUGAUAAUCGCGACACACCGCUUAUAUCUGCAUGCGAACAUGGUCAUCUGCAUGUAGUUAAUUAUCUUUUGGAAUCGACAAAUGCUGAUUCUACUAUUCGCAAUUCAAAAGGAUUCAAUGCACUUGACAUAGCUAUUAUAAAUCAUCAUGAAAAUAUUGUUCGACGUUUACUCACGUGUGAAAACUGGCGACGAUUAAUGGAGAAUGCUUACUAUGACGAUAGUGGUAUUAUAUCAACACCAAUGCGAGAAUUAAUUAUUUAUAUGCCCGACAUUGCUUACGAUCUGAUCGAUACAAAGCUAACCAUGGUUAAAGGCAGUGAUAAUAUGAUCGAACAUCAAAUUACCUAUGAUUAUACAUUCUUCGAGGAUCAGUAUCGUAUUCGUAGUUGGAUGUAUGGUGAAGAUAGUAAGAAGAAAAAUUCUCAAACGAAUUGGUUCUCUCAGUUAUCAUGCGUGAAAGGUGAAGCAACUGACAAUCAGUUCAAUGAUACAUAUACCAAUGAUGCCUAUACUCUUGUUCAAAAUCAUCCUCUUAUCAUCGCAGCAAAAUGUAAAGAAAUGAAAUUGAUGGAACACGAAUAUUGUACUCAAUUACGAAUGAAAAAAUUUAGACGCUUUGGUCUUGGUUUAUUCUCGAUUUUUAGCGUAAUCUAUGCGUUAUUUGUUGCUCUGUAUACACUUCUAGUACUAUCUUCCAAACAUCCAUUUUUCUAUUACAACUUGUACAAUGAAUCAUCGAAUGGAACACUUAUGUGGCAGAAUGGAGAUGAUAUAGACAACUGUGAAAAAGUCGCUACUUUUCUUAUUGCAACGAAAAAAACACAGUUUCUAAAGAGUGACAUUUCUCAAUGGCUUAUACCGUUAUUGUAUGCAUUAUUCUCGGUUGUUAUUGCUAAAGACGUAUUACUAAUAGCAUGUGCUUUUCCUCGUAUAUUUCGUAAGAUGAGUCUUUAUUUCGAAUGUUUGUCACUCAUUCUAUGCUUUACCAAUAUAUAUGAUUGGUAUACUUGGCAAAAGCCAGUCAAUCUUCGAUGUCCCAUUCAGUGGCAACUGGGUUCGGUUGGUUUGCUUUUUUCAUGGAUUACCAUACUUACAUACAUGCAAUAUAUUCCAUGGAUGAACUGUGGUCUCUAUGUGGUUAUGAUGCAAGUGAUCUUUUCGAAAUUUCUCAAAUUUAUUCCUGUUCUUCUCACAGUCAUAUGUGGCUUUGGUUUUACCUAUUACAUGUUGUUACAAUAUCAAACAGUGUAUGGAACUCCAUUUGAAGCACUUAUGAGAACGUCAAUUAGUUUGUUUGGCCGUUGGCGAAAUACCUACUUUGAAGACACAAGCCCAGUUGAAUCGAAAUAUAAUCUUUUAUGA